GCAGUAUUUACAGGUAAUCUCCUGCUUUCACCUUUGAACCUGCACAGUAGACAAUGGAGUCGAACGAUCCAGCAAAGUGUAGGAGGAGGAAACAAAGUAAGAGCCCACCUCCCUGUAUGUCUGAGCUGAGGAUUGUUCUGUUGGGGAAGAGUCUCCAACACACCAGCACGGUAGGAAAUUUUAUCCUGGGGAAAACUGCAUUUGAGACUGAAGAUCCUCCACAUUCACGAAAGCAGCACAGCGAGCGAGCCAGAGGACAUGUGCAAGGAACAGACAUCACCAUCAUCGACGCGGCUCAUUUAUUUAACCCUCCACUAAAACCUGAGGAACUGGAAGAGUGUGUAAAUCUUUCUGCUCCAGGACCUCAUGCAUUUUUACUUGUGAUAGAGCCUCAUAGCUUCACAGAGGAGGACAAGAACCACCUGGGAUUGUUAUUAAACCGCUUCAGUGAGAAAGCUCGAAACUAUGCCUUUGUGAUUGGUACAGCCACGUCUGGAGGAAAGUCUGACGCUUCUCAAAGUUUAAUAAAGGAAUGUUGUAAUAGGUAUCGUAAAUAUAAACAACUAGAGAAAAAUAAGAAUUCGUGUCGUCAGCUUUUUGAUGAAAUCAGAAGAGUGGUCAAAGAGAAUGGAGGAAAUUAUCUUGUAUGUAAGAGUUUUAAGGACGCGCCUGAGGAAUCUUUCCACACUGAUGAAAACCUUGCGAGACCGGGAGAGAGGAAAAGAUCCGAUCUUCCCGAUGACACAAAUGAGAAGAGCACAUCAACUUCAGUGGGAGGUGCCUUGAGUAGAAUUGGUUUAAGUGCAUUGCUACCAGAGCGAAAGGUUGGAGAACACUCAGCAAGGCUGUCUGAGCUGAGGAUUGUUCUGUUGGGGAAGAGUCUCCAACACACCAGUAUGGUAGGAAAUUUUAUCCUGGGGAAAACUGCAUUUGAGACUGAAGAUCCUCCACAUUCACGAAAGCAGCACAGCGAGCGAGCCAGAGGACAUGUGCAAGAAACAGACAUCACCAUCAUCAACGCGGCUCAUUUGUUUAACCCUCCACUAAAACCUGAGGAACUGGAAGAGUGUGUAAAUCUUUCUGCUCCAGGACCUCAUGCAUUUUUACUUGUGAUAGAGCCUCACAGCUUCACAGAGCAGGACAAGAACCACCUGGGGUUGUUAUUAAACCGCUUCAGUGAGAAAGCUCGAAGCUAUGCCUUUGUGAUUGGUACAGCCACGUCUGGAAGAAAGUCAGACGCUUCUCAAAGGUUAAUAAAGGAAUGUUGUGAUAGGUAUCGCAAAUAUAAACAGCUAGAGAAAAAUAAGAGUUCACGUCAUCAGCUUUUUGAUGAAAUCAGAAGAGUGGUCAAAGAGAAUGGAGGAAAUUAUCUUGUAUGUAAGAGUUUUAAGGACGCGCCUGAGGAAUCUUUCCACACUGAUGAAAACCUUGCCAGACCGGGAGAGAGGAAAAGAUCUGAUCUUCCCGAUGACACAAAGGAGAAGAGCACAUCAGCUUUUGUGGGAGGUGUCUUGAGUAGAAUUGGAUUAAGUGCAUUGUUCCCAGAGCGGAAGUUUGGAAAACACUCAGCAAGGCUGCCAGGAAGUGAUCGUUCAUUGCCAGUGUUGAACUUGGUGCUGUGUGGAAGCGAUGAAGAACUAAAGACCUCCAUAUCAGAUCUCAUAUUGGACCAGAGAAAUGUGGAGACUGGAUUAGUCUGUGGACGCGUUCUCAGGCUGGCGGUGAUGCCAGCUCUACACAACAUUUAUCUCUCAGGCGAGGAAGUGAUGGAUAAGAUUCUCCACUGUAUCUCUGUUGAUAAUCCUGUCCAUGCUUUUCUGUUCAUCAUUCCUGUUGGUCCUCUCACUGAUGAUAACAAAAGAGAAAUAGAGAUGAUUCAGAGGACCUUUAGUUCAAGGUUCUGUGAUCAUAGUAUAGUUCUUUUUACCAACAAGAACUUUAAUGAAGAUGCUGCAGUUAACAUUGUAGAGCAAAGUUCAGAGAUGGAAGAACUUCUUAAAUUGUUUGGGGGCAGAUAUAUGAUCAUGGAGGGGGAGGGGAACAGGAGACGUAAGCAGGUGCCAGAACUGUUAGAACGAGUAACAAAUAUGAAGAAGAUUUAUUCUCUCCCAAUGUUUAUUGAGGCACAGAAAGAUGGAGCUAAACAACCACUAGAGGAAGUACUGUCUGAAAUGAAGAAUCAACUUCAAGCAAAACCACAGGAAGAAUGUGCUGAGGGUGAAAUCUCUGGCUCCAAUUGUCUGAGAAUAUUACUGGUUGGGAAAACAGGAAAUGGGAAAAGUGCAACAGGAAACACCAUUCUAGGAAGAAAUGAAUUUGAGAGUGAGCUGAGCAUGAGUUCUGUGACGAGAAUGUGCCAGAAGGUAAUGGGAGAAGUGCAGGGCAAAUCAGUAGCUGUUGUGGACACUCCAGGACUCUUUGACUCCACAUUUUCAAAUGAAGAGGUUGUAGAAGAAAUUAGGAAAUGCAUCUCAAUGCUGGCACUAGGACCCCAUGCCUUCAUCAUUGUGCUGAGUGUGGGAAGGUUUACUGAUGAAGAGAAGCAAACACUGAAUCUGAUUAGGAUGAUGUUUGGUGCUGAGGCUGCGAAGUACAGCAUAGUGCUGUUUACUGGAGGGGAUAAAUUGAAAGAUAAAACACUCGAAGAUUAUAUCAGAACCAGUAAUCAUGAUCAUGUGAACAGGCUAAUCAGGGACUGUGGUGGAAGAGUUCACUUGUUUAAUAACAUAAAAGAAGAUCCCACCCAAGUCAGUCAGCUAAUCCAAAUGAUUGAAGAAAUGAUAAAGUUCAACAGGGACAAUUAUUUUACUAAUGAGAUGUUCGAGAAUGCAGAGAUGUCUAUACAACAGAAACAAAAGAAGAUACUGAAAGAGAUAGAGGAGAAGAUGCAAGCUGAAAAAGAGGCUCUGAAGGCCAGAUAUGAAGAAGAACUGGAACAGGUGAGGACUACUAUGGAGAAUGAGAGAAAGACGUUAGAAGAGGAAAUAUGCAAAAGGGAAAACAUGUUUAAGCAGAGGGAAGAAGCAUUGAGGCGAGAAUAUGAGGAAAAGGAAAAAGAAGAGAACGACAAAUGGUUAAAAGUGAACCAAAGAAGAGAAGAAGAAAAAACACAAGAAAUCGCAGAAAAUAAACGUAUGCUGGAUGAGAUGCGGAAAGAAAUGGAAAACGAAAAAGCAAAAUUUAUCCAACAGCAAGCUGAAAGAGAUGAGGAGGACAGAAAAAGGGCAGAGAGAGAGAAACAGAUUAAGGAACAGUUUGAGAAGCAACAAAAUCAAGCAAUUACAGAUCUAAAAAUCAAACAGCAGGAAGAGAUUAAAAAGAGAAAUGAGGAAGAACAAAACAGAAUAAAGGAACGGGAAGAAGAGACCGAAAACUGGAAGAGAAAAAUGGAGGCAGAAAAUGAAUUGAAGGAAGAUAUUGAAAGGAAACUGAGAGAACGAGAAACACAAUGGACAGAGCAGAUGAGAGAGAGAGAUCAUGAAUACAGGAGAACAAGAGAGAGACAUGCUGAAGAACUGAGAGCACAGGAGGAAUAUCUGGAGCAAAUGAAGAAAAACUUUGAAAAGGAAAGAGAACAAGAAAGAAAUGAGUGGCAAGAGAGAGAAAAGAAGAAAAGAGAGCAAAUAGAGAAAGAGCAUAUGGAAAACACAAACAAAAUAAAGCAGGAGUAUGAGGAACGGGAAAAUGUAUGGAAAGAAGAGUGGAAUAAAAAAAUCCAAGAGGACAAUAAAAGAAGAGAAGAAGAGAUGCAGAAUCUGAAGAGAAUGAAAGAGGAGAUGCUGAAGCUGAACCUGAGACUGAAAGAGGAGAUGGAAGCAGCAAGGCAAGAGGAGAUCAAAAAGAGAGUGAAAGCAGAUAAAGAAAGAAAAGAAAAAGAAGACCGAGCCUGCAAGGAGAUGAAAAAUGACUAUGAGAAGAAAAAGAAAGAAAUGGAGAAAAAAUAUGAAGAUGAGCAUGAAAAACAUAUUAAAGAAUUGAAUGACAAGCACAAAAACGAUUAUGAGCUUCUCAAAGCUCAGUACGAAAGUACAAAAAAAGAGUUAGAUGAGAGCAAAGGAAAGAAUUGCAUUAUCCAAUAAAAGCUUAAUGAUACGUUUUGAUGUUUAUAUUCACAAAAGGACAAAAGAGUUAAAAAAGAAAAAAGAAUCCAGGUUUUUAAAGCUACAUUACUUCAAGCUGAUUAGAACUGAUUGUAGUGUACGUGGACAGGAGCGGUCAGAUCGUAUUUUCCAAACAUGGUACAUCAGGUUUCAGUCAUGUACAGUGUUUUCAUGUUUCAUUUAAUGUUCUUGUUUCCUGCAUUUAUAAAUCUUACAUGGCACAUAAUUGUGUUUAGUGUACGUUUACACGCUACACAAAUUACACAAUCGGUUGCGGAGCUUCACAUUAUUGAUGCUGAUGGGUUCCAGUUCUUUAUAUUAUUUUAUAAGUCACUGUACUUUUGAUUUUACUUUAAAUACCUUUUUACCUUCAGUAUGUAAUCUGCGAAAUCCUGUACGGAGUGAUUUGUGUGAGUUUUUUGUUAUUGCCAAAAAUGCCUGAUUUUUCUGUAUUUUUUAUUUUUACUUUGUUAUGCAGCUUAUGGAGUUGUUUUUGUGCUUUUUUUAAAUAAUUUUUUUUAGCAAAAAACUAUGAGUUUGGUGAAAUUGCAAUUGCACUUUCGCACUGAUGUUUGCUGUACUCGUGUUCAACACACAUGAAUCGAAGAGGGCUUUGACUGACUACACGUUGUGAUGACAUCACACGCGUCUUAGCCCAAAUCUGCAAAAUCUGCGGUAAUCUUGAAAAAUUGGAAGCUCCUCUGAAUAUCGUGGGGUUUGCUUGAUUCUGCGUUCAUUUCUGCGAUCGCAGAAUCCUGGAGGGACUGACACAUGCGAUAAUCAACAGCAACGGGGUGUCGAGUUUCUAAAACACAUGGGACAGUUCAGUGUUUGCAGCUUUAUUUUGUUAUGAGAGUAAAGAAUAACACGAGGCCUACACUCAGCUCUUCUUCAACAGACUUUUCAUGGACAAAUCUGACCACAUUCUGUUUCACCGUUUCUAACCACCCGUGAGACCUUCAACACAGUCAUCAAAUACUACCAAACUCUUUUCUUCUUCUUCUUCUUACCGUGUACACUUGUGCUCUAGCUCCAAAAGUAUUGGAACACAAUCCAGUUUCAAAAGUAUUGAGGUACUCUAUAGUUCUGAAAGUAUUGGAACACUGUCUAGCUUCAAAAGUAUUGGGAUACCGUCUUCAAAAGUGCUCAGUGUCACUGUCUUCACUUCUGAUACCACUGAGGCUAUGUCAUCAUGUCCCUGAUUUAAAUGUGCAUGUUGCUUUGCCUGCAGCUUUCAGAACAAAGAGACAUGUUGUAUACACAAAAAUAGGUCUUUUUGGGACAUCGACCAUGGAGAGAGCCUAAUCCUCCUGCUGUUAUCAUGAUUCCUUUACUGGUUCCUAACCAAAAAGUAUUUCAUAUCACGUUGAAUUGUUUGCUGAUUUAAUGUAUUGUUCAUACAUCAGAUUAUUGAUCGUGUAAUGAGGAGUGAUACAAAAACAAAUACAAAUAAAUAAAUGAACGGUAGACGUGUAAAAACCUGUUUAUUAGACUUGUUCUGAGCAAGGAGCAUGAAAUAUCCUCAAGCACGUUCCAUCAUCAACACAUUAAAGUCUGCAUUCAAACCUCAGCUUUUCACCGAAUCAUACCAGUUAAAUAAAUCAAGCUUUAAAAAAAAAAAAAAAAAAAAAAAUCACAUUAUAAACAUUUCCCACACUCUUUCUCUCGUCUUAACUACAAACGGUUUAUUUACAAAG